GCCAGCGAGAGCAGCAGCAGCGUCCCACGGAUCGUCGUCGGCACAGCCACUGCUGGGACAGACUUCGUCAGGCGAGAAACCGCGAUGGGGGGGGUUGUUUUGAUUAAAGUUGACGGAUUUUUUUAAUGCUUUUUUUUCUUUUUAUACUCGCAUUGAAGUUGAAACCCCGGAUAUUUGACGUGUUUUCUCGUGCUUUAACUGUCGACUGUUCUUCACAUCCCGAAGGAGAAACAAACUUUGGGAAUUAUCUUCUAAAAAAAACUGAGCAACUUUUUCCACAACUACCUUACUAGUCAACGGGCUGACCUAUGCUAAGCUAGCUCGCUAGACGGUGCUGUGGAAAUCUCCUUUAAAAAAAAAGUCCACAAACGAGCUGGCAGACUUCACCUUUCGGGCUUUCUGUGACUGGGUGCGAUUCACCGGCAGCUUUCAAAAGAGAGAAAGAACACCUGAGCCUCUCUCGUGUUUCCACAGAGCUUGACGGUGCAGGUGCACCUCUUGCGCCACCUGUGAUAACUUGGUAACUUAGCUCGUGGAAAGCUAACUUUAGCUUUUUUCCAUGUUAGCAUUUAACAGUGACAGAUAGUAUGUUAUUAUCUGCUUUCAGGGUUUAUUUGAGGUUUAAGACGGUGGUGGUUUAUUAUCAUCUUGUGUAUCGCUGCUAACAUUUGGCCCAUAGAGCAGUGGCUUCAGUCACAUUUAAUUAUUUGGGCUAACCGGAGAAACUAACCUCGCUGGCUCGUUAUUGACCCUCACACACUUUCACUGGAGUGGCGACGUGGAUUCAGGGCUGCAGACGCUCAUUCUCUCCCCCCCCCCCAAAAAAAGGACUUUGGACACGAUUUGCCGUGUUUAUCCUCAUCACAGAGUCUCCUAGAUGUGACACCAUGAGAAGUUUAAGAAGUUGCCUUUCACUUUUUUAAAGUUUUUUUUAAUUUUGUUUCUAAAAGCUCUGCAGCCUAUGGUGCCGCUACGGCCACCGAGAAAUGGAUGUCUCGCAGGCCGCUUUCCCAAACGGUGAAGGGCGGCCGGGCGGCGGCGGCGGCGGCGGCGGCGGGACUCAGGAGCAUGCCGGGACAGAGUCCCCCACAGUUCGGGCGUGGGCUCACUCGGCCCCGCUGUGCCCGACUCGGUCCCUGUGGACAGCCGCGUAUGACUAUGAGGCCAGCGGCGAGGACGAGCUCAGUCUCAGAAGAGGGGACGUGGUGGAGGUCCUGUCUAAGGAUGCAGCGAUAUCCGGGGACGAGGGAUGGUGGACGGGAAAAAUCAACCGCCGGGUCGGAAUUUUCCCCUCCAACUAUGUCACCUACCAGCCCGCUAUUUACCGCCUGCCUGCCGCGAGUGGGACGGUGGGUGUACCAGAGCGGGUCCCGAGCUCGCCCGUCAAGAUCCCCUUCAGUGAACUUGUCCUGGAGGAGAUCAUAGGUGUGGGUGGAUUUGGUAAAGUUUACCGGGGCACAUGGAAUGAUCAGGAGGUCGCCGUGAAAGCGGCUCGACAAGACCCGGACGAGGACAUCACAGCCACCGCUGGCAGUGUUAAACAAGAGGCGAAACUCUUCUCCAUGCUGCAGCACCCCAACAUCAUCAAACUGGAGGGAGUGUGUCUGGAGGAGCCCAACCUGUGUCUGGUCAUGGAGUAUGCGCGAGGUGGGACACUGAACCGGGCGCUGACCGGAAGGCGCAUCCCUCCACACAUUCUGGUCAACUGGGCCGUGCAGAUCGCACGCGGGAUGCACUACCUACACGAGGAGGCCGUGGUACCCAUAAUACAUCGUGACCUGAAAUCCAGCAACAUUUUAUUACUUGAAAAGAUUGAGAAUGACGACAUCGGGAGGAAGACCUUGAAGAUCACAGAUUUCGGCUUGGCCAGGGAGUGGCACAGAACCACAAAAAUGUCCGCCGCAGGCACUUACUCCUGGAUGGCCCCUGAGGUCAUCAAGUCAUCUCUGUUCUCCAAAGGCAGUGACGUCUGGGGUUACGGUGUCUUGCUAUGGGAGCUGUUAACCGGGGAGGUUCCGUACCGGGGGAUAGACGGCCUGGCUGUGGCGUACGGUGUCGCUGUAAAUAAAUUAACUCUACCAAUCCCCUCCACCUGCCCAGAACCGUUCGCCAAGCUAAUGGAAGAGUGUUGGGACCAGGACCCCCAUGUGCGCCCCUCCUUCUCCUGCAUCAUGGAGCAGCUGUCUGCCAUUGAGGAGGCGGUGAUGGCCACGAUGCCCCAGGACUCAUUCCACAGCAUGCAGGACGACUGGCGUGUGGAGAUCCAGGAGAUGUUUGAUGAGCUCAGGACCAAAGAGAAGGAGCUACGUUCCAGAGAGGAGGAGCUGACCCGGGCCGCCCUCCAGCAGAAGUCUCAGGAGGAGCUGCUGAAGCGCCGGGAGCAGCAACUGGCAGAACGGGAGAUCAAUGUGCUGGAGAGGGAGCUGAACAUCCUAAUUUUCCAACUUAACAAAGACAAGCCCAAUGUGAAGAAGAGGAAGGGCAAAUUCAAACGUUCCCGACUUAAACUGAAGGAUGGAAACCGCAUCAGCCUGCCCUCAGACUUCCAGCAUAAAAUCACCGUGCAGGCAUCGCCUUCCAUGGACAAGAGGCGAAGUCUUCAUAGCACCAGUUCCUCUCCUCCCAGCAGUCCUACUCCCAUCCCGAGGUUAAGAGCCAUUCAGCUAACUCAAGAUGAGAGCAAUCGUACAUGGGGCCGCAGCACCCUCUUCAGGCCGGAGGAGUUUGAUGAUGUGAAAAAGGGAAUCAAGAAGAAAGGAAGGACCUGGGGCCCCAGCUCAGUACAGAGUAAAGAAAGGCCUGCUGCUGCUGAGAGAGUGCGUCCUCUGUCAGACGGCAGUAACCCCUGGUCCACCAGCCUGGUCAAGUCUCAGAAGUCUGUCCCUCUCGCUGCACUGUUUGCUGAACAAGCCGGUAAAGAUGAACCCUUCUCCCAGGAAUGUCCUGACAGCAGCUCCAAGCCAAAGCAGCUCAAGUUCCCCAACCAGGUGUACAUCGAUCUACCUCUGUGUAGGGAUGAGCAGCAGCCUCAGAGCCCCAGUGUGCAGGGAGAUGCAGGGGUCGGGGUAGCGGGUCAAGGUGGUCAACUAGAGACUGCAGACGACCCCUACACUACCACAUCCACCUCGUCCACCUCCACCACCCCACAGCUCACCCCCACCAACAGCCUUAAGCGGACAUCAGCUCGCCGCAAGACUGACUCUGUGCUGUACGGCUGCGGCUCGCUGCUGGCUUCUGUCGUGCUCGGUUACGACAUUAGGGAAGCUCUAAAAAACUCUGGGGAAGACUGCGAGCCUCAGCGUGAGGAAAAGGAGAAGAAGAAGAAGGAGGGCCUGUUUCAGCGUGCAACCCGGUUCCGCCGCAGCACCUCGCCACCUAGUGGUCGCCCCCGCAAAGAAGAAGCAGCCUUGUCAAACCACACCUCCACCCCUCCCGUCAAUCUCAUCUCCAUGUCAGCCAUCAUAGAAUGCAACUCCACCAAGUGUCUCUUACAGUCUGAGGCUGAAGUGUCAGAGUGUCAUCCUGCCAAGGUUGACCUCGUGGCUGUCAAUCAUCACACAGAGCCAGCAAGACCUGACCCAGCAGCAUCCACAGAGAGCCAGACCAGCCGGACUGCAGCAAACACACAGACAUCAGUGCAAACCCAAAGCAAGCCACAGGAGCAGAGCAACCACAAUAUAGGAACACGACUACGCAGGAAGAAAUACACAACAAACCACAAUACAAAUGGCCCUCCUGCUCUGCCUCCUCCAGCCACACAGAAGAAGCAGGAGAAAGAGAAGGAUGUAGCAUCAGAGAAGCCCUCCAGUGGGGAGGCCUUCUCCAGACCCCGGCCGGUGUCAUUCCGGGCCAAACCCCACGCCUGGGCCCUGCUGAGAGGACGCAACAAGAGUUACUCGCUGGGCCACUACUCCGGUGGAAAGACAGCACAAAACCUAAACAUGGUACUGACCUCAGAUGUGGGGAUGGGCUGCUCCCUGCUGGACAUGGACACAGAGGGCCAGAAACGAGACUGCACCGUGCCUCUGUGCCGCAUUCAGAGUUCCCCAGCAAGGCCCUCUGUCUUUGAACUGGAGAACGACUUCCUCUCUUAGGAUCCCGAAAAGUGAUCUGCUUCGGUUGUACCUCUUCCUAUACAAUCUAGUGUGUUCAAGAACAUGCGUCUGACAGUUUUUUGGCCUAAAACUCCUGGAGGGUUUUGAACCUGCUGUCUUUUGUCAUGAAAAACCCAGCUUGUUCUUAGUUCUAGAACACAGUAUUGUCAGUGUUUCAGAGCAAAAAAGUGUGAGACUCUAGAAGACUGUUUCACAGGAGUUCUCGAAUGUGCACCACGAUCUAAGUCUGAGAAUGCCUGAGACCUUACACACUGCCUUGUCGUGUUCUAGAACACACACACACACACACACACACACACACACACACACACACACCAGCACAUAGUUCUGAAAUCUGAGCAACAUUACAGACCUGGAACAGCAGCUUUUCCUCCUAUUCAGGGGGUGCUCGACUGCCAUCUCUGUUUGCUCAUCUCUAUCUCCCUUUGUUACCCUCUUCCUCUCUCUAAUGUCGGUGCAGCUUAACGUUGACCGCUGCUGCAGCUUUCGCAACACAAUACCCUCACCUUUUUAUUUAUAUAUAUAUUUUUAUAGGUAAUUUAAUAUGAAGAGACUUGACCUUACCUUAGCAACCCACUGGACAUACAUUCCAUGUCAGUUUCUAAGUUGUGCUAUCACGCUUUUAGAUAUUUUGACUUGAGAAUCAUGCAUGCAUGUACCCUUAAAAUGUUGAACAAAAAAAAAAAAACAUUAUGCUUUGUUUGUAAAUAUUUCUUUUUAUCCAGUAUCAGCCUAAUGCUGGAAGUUGUUUUGUAUUGCUUAUAUAUGCUGUUUUAUGUUUUUAUGUUCUUGUGUUUUGACAGUCUGUGAUGCUGCAGUACAGAUUUAGCUAAAGGUACCAGUUACAUAAUGCAUCAUGCAGGUACUUUUCCUACAAGAAUACCCUGAGUGAUUAAAAGAUUCAGGAAGAUAAAAACCGACAGUCUUACAAAACAAAACGUAGACACUUUUUUUGUUCAAAGUUGAAUGAUAUUCGAAAUGACUAUUGAGGUCAUGUGUUGCUAAUAAGAAUUUUUCCAUGAGUAUUUAUAGAAGAGUUUUUUUUUUUUUGUUUAACUCAGCACACUGCAGCAUCUGCUUCAAAUGGUCAUGUCAGGAAAACCUGCUGCAGAAUAAUGAAUUCAUGAUUGGCUGCAUCAGUAUGGACACUACAUCAUUACACAUUCAAGUCAUGUACUUAAUACUACACAGCCUGGGAGUGACCAAACACUAGGCUCCUAUUUUCAGACAGAUGAGCACUCUAAACUUGACUGACCUGAACCUUCAAGUGCUCAAGAGUCUCAUGUCUAAAGCAUAUCCUCAUUGUACUGUGGUUUGCCCGCAGGCUGUUGAAAUACCUAAAUGCACUGUUGUAUUAAAUUUGAGAUGACUGGUUUUCAUCUCAUUUUAAAUUUGAUCGAGUUCAGGGGAUAUUCAGGAACACAGUUUUUGGCUUGCGACAUAAAAAAGUUGAACUGUGUAUUUACUAAGUAUACUGUAGACUUAAGGCCAGAUGAAUAACAUUCUAAGGAAUAACUAAAAUGGUAAUUACUACAUUUAAAUAUGUUUUCCCACAGGCUUAAUCAACCUGACAGUGUUGAUGCAGACUCUGCAGACUAUAUACUGUUUUGUUCCGUUGUCACUCCCAGGCCUCUCUAUACAGAUAAUCCUUACAUCCAUUCUUGCUUACUGAGGUUGUUGUUCCCCCAAGUUUUUACUACAGCCUUUGUACAGUCUACUUUUGAAUAGUUCAUUGCACAAUCUGACCACUUUUGAAGGAGGAAACAAGGGCUCUAUAACAGUGAAAAAUGAACUUCAAAACAGUGUACAUAUCAUUGUGAUUGCAGAUGCAUCACUCUGGCAUCUUUGAGGUAAUUUAGAAUGUGAAGUAUCCAAUAUUAUGUAUUUUAUGACCACUUACUGUCGACGCGACACUUUUAAGGCCUUACUUAUCGUCAAGUUUAAAAGUGCAGUUUACAAGCCAAGGAAUCACUGGAUUUACCCUUUUGAAUCUAUACGGGGUUAUGUGUAAAUACCAUAAUGAACAGGUGCUGUACAUUCCUCUGAACAUCCUGCAUUUAAAGGGUGAGAUCUGCUGUUUGUUGUCCACUUGUUGGCAAGAAGUUAACAAAAAAAGGCUGUGUAUUAAGCCUAACAAGGUGUCGAAUAAACAUUCCACUACAUUAGAUGGCAGAAGAAUAUUUCUGAUACCAGUUAUCAAUAUGAUGCAUUCAGGCUUCUGGCUAUGGGACCAAAUUCAACUCUACCAGCUCUAAGGCCUCUCUGUCUUCAGGACCAAAACCACUAAAUGAACUAGCUGCUAGUGAGAAAUUCUUACAAAGAAAACUAUUCUGUAUGGAAAAUUCACAAAACAACCUCAGAGGUGCAGUGCUGCUGCCGAAACGCCCUUCACCCUCUGAUCAAUAACAGGACUUCCUGUUAAAUCACUGAACAUCUCUGUCACCCUGAAUGUGUCAGAUUUAGCUUUGAGUACAUCUGUUUCAGUGAACAGUUCCUUUUAUCAUUACAGUAUUGGUUAUUUCAUGCCUGAUUGAACAAGAAAAUCAAGUUAUUUUGAAUAAAGUCGAAGUGAGACUCAAA